AUGGAUAGCCACUAUCACCUCAGUAUUGCUCGCUAUUUACUUAUAUUGCUUUUGGUCUUUUCCUACAUGCAGACUACUACCAAACUCUGUUUCUGUUUGGACGGUGAUGAACUUUCAAGCAGUCUGAAAACAAAUUCAUGCAUCGACGAAGAAAGACAAUCGCUUCUCAUCUUUAAGCAACAUCUUGUUGAUCCUUCUGGUAGGCUUUCCUCUUGGGUGGGCCAUGAUUGCUGUCAAUGGGAAGGUAUUUCAUGCAACAACAACACUGGUCAUGUCGUGAAGAUGGACCUCCGGAAUCCAUAUCUGUAUUCCAUUUCUGAUGACCAGUGGGAGUACGAAGCUUAUGAAAAGUCUCUCUUGGGAGGUAAGAUAAAUGCUUCACUGUUGGGCUUGAAACAUUUAAAUUACCUGGACCUAAGCAAGAAUUUUUUUCAUAGCAGUCAAAUUCCUAAGUUCUUUGGGGAGCUUAAAAGUUUGCAAUAUCUCAAUCUCUCCUUUGCAUCGUUUGGAGGAGAGAUUCCCCUUUCUCUUGGUAACCUGUCAAGCCUUAAUUUUCUUGACCUUGGGUGGAAUCAACUCUCAUCUUCAAAAAAUUUGAAUUGGCUUUCUCACCUCUCUUCUCUAGAAUACCUUAAUCUCAAUUACAUUAACCUUAGCAGCACUGGAGUCAGUUGGGCGUAUGAUAUUUCGAUGCUUCCUUCAUUGUUAGAGUUACACUUGUCUUCGUGCCAAAUUGAAAGCAUUCCACUCUCAUUGCAGGGAAUUAACUUGACAUCACUUUUUAAUCUUACCAGCCUCAUAACUCUUGAUCUAUCCGGGAAUAAUUUCAAUGGUCCUUUUCCAAAUGAACUUGCAUGUCUCAAAUCUCUGGAAUACCUUGAUUUAUCUAAAACAGGCUUAAAAGGUCAAGUUCCCAAAGUCUUUGGAAAUUUGUGCAAGCUAAAGGUCUUGAGUCUUUCUGGAAACAAAAUUGAUGGGAGGGUUGGAGACUUUUUGAGGAGUUUCUCAAAUUGUUCAAAUAACCCAUUAGAGUCAUUAGAUUUGUCUAACUGUGAGCUGGAAAGCCAAAUGCCGGCCUCCUUAGGAAUAUUAAAAAGCUUGCAGUAUCUCAACCUUUGUGGAAACUAUUUGUGGGGCUCAAUUCCAGAUUCCAUCGGAAACUUGUCAUCCUUGGAAACAUUGGACAUCUCUAAUAAUAAGAUGAAUGGCUCCAUUCCAGAUUCCAUUGGAAACUUGUCAUCUUUUGAAAACUUUGGACCUCUCUUUUAA